UUGUCGAUAACACUUAACCCGCGAAUAAAACGGCUGUUACCACAAAUUUUUGAUUAGAAUUCAGUCAGACAUCAUGCUGGUCCGUGUCUUUGUCUUAUUUUCGUUCCUCCUAGUUUUGACUAGGGGAAAAACAGUUUACAAAGAUUACAAACCUGAAUAUAAAUUGGAAAAAUCGCACUAUCCUGGAAAUUUCAGCACACUUAAGACACUACAUGAGUUUGUUCGAUUGGUCAACGAACACAAACUGAAUGUUUCUAUUAUCAUGUCGAUGGGAAAAAAUUACGAAAAUGGUAAUUUAAAAGAAGUCGUAGCUGCGACCCUUAAUUUCCCUGUCAAUUCUGCAACCAUCACCAAAGACGCAACGCUGAAAGAAGCCGAUUUUGAAAAAUUGGUCAAAAUCGCAACCGAAGAACAAGUCGUAGUCGCUGGAAGCAUUUCAACAGUAAACAAUGGUACCGUUUUUGUUAGUAACAACAUCAAAGAGGUACCAAUCACAAAAUCACAUAAAAUUUUCACCGGAAUCAAACACGGAAAAACCGGAUUUGUCUUCGAUGACAAAAACUACGCCGCCCAGUAUACCUUCAUCACCCAUGGUGCCGAUGGUAAAAACACCACCACCAAGGUCCUCCACGGCGACGUUCAUGUUGACAUUGUGGGUUCCGCUAACCUCAAAGACAGCGAAAUUUCCACAAUCAGGAAGGCCCUGAUCGACGCCUACUUUACCUACGAGUCGGAUGUGGUGCCCAGGGCCGUCUUUGCGAUAUUGAGUAAGCAAUUGCCCGGUCACGAAUGGGAGGUGGCCCAAAUUGAGCCGCAUAGUUACAUCGAUUCGGAUAAAUGGAUUCAAAUGAAGAUUGUUGAAGAUGAGUUUCUCGUGUAUUCGAUUUGAGAAUGAGAGAGAGAAUAAAUUGUGAUUGAUGUAAAUGUAUUGUAAUAAAGUUUGAAAUGAA